GCAGCAAACUCUCAACAGCUGGGUCUGGGUGCCGCCUCCUCCGCCCCCUGCCCCCGCAGGGGUGAAAGUGAGAGCAAGAACCUGAGGAUCGAGUCUUACUCCGGCAUUGGACGGAAAAGUUGGAGCCCCGCCUCGGAUUGGCUGACAGCGUUUUAGAGGGAGCUGUAGCCUCCAAUUAAAGAGGCCCCGCGCAGGCAGGCUGGCUGCGGAGAGGGCUUGAGCGGCAGCCUUGUUAACCAGCUCUACUCUAGCCCACAGCCCUUUACAAACAGAGGUCGUUCACCGGCUGCUGCCAGGAGUACAGCCUGUCGCACCCUGCUGUAGGGCACCGAGAGAGCUGACACCUUGACGAAAGGGAAGGGGGAAAGAAAGGACGAGGCUUGUAAUGGAUCUGAGCCCAGGAGUUCAAAAGAUGUCUGUAAGCCAGCAGCAAUCAGGAAGAGGGAUGCCUUGUCUGCGAUGCAGAGGGAUGUGUACAGGCUUUGAGCCACAUUCUUGGAGGAAAAUAUGCAAGUCAUGCAAAUGUAGCCAGGAGGAUCACAGCUUGAGCUCUGAUGCAGAAGAUGAUCGGAAAAUUGGCCGCUUGUUGUCUGACUCAAAGUAUUCUACGCUCACUGCCCGGGUGAAAGGUGGCGAUGGUGUUCGCAUCUACAAAAGGAACCGCAUGAUCAUCACUAAUCCUAUUGUGUCUCGGAAAGAUCCAACGUUUGACACGAUAACUUAUGAGUGGGCUCCACCAGGACUGACCCAGAAGCUGGCUAUACAGUACAUGGAACUGAUUCCAAAGGAUAUGCAACCAGUCGCUGGCACGGAAGGGGCAUCCUAUCGUCGUAGGCAGUUAAUGAGGCAGCUCCCUGUUUAUGACCAGGACUCUUCCCACUGCCAUGACCUUGCUGAAAGUGAGAUAAAGCUUAUGGAAGAUUUUGUAAAGAAAUAUAAAAGUGAUGCUCUAGGAGUUGGUGAAGUUGCACUUCCUGGCCAAGGUGGCAGUGCCAAGGAGGAAGGGGAGCAACACCACAAAAAUGCAGCUGCAAGUAAACCACCUGUUUCAGCCAAUGGAGCCCUGAGUGAUGCACCAAUGGGAGUGGAGUAUUGCUGCGAGAUCUGCAAACAGGUGGUGCCUACGGACUGCCCUGUGGUGUAUGUGGACAGAGCAGGCUACAAUCACCAGUGGCACCCAGCCUGUUUCGUGUGCUACAAGUGUUCUGAACCUCUAGUUGACCUGAUCUACUUCUGGAAGAACGGUGCUGUUUGGUGUGGCCGCCAUUACUGUGAGAGCAUAAGGCCACGCUGUGCAGCUUGUGAUGAGAUAAUAUUCUCGGAGGACUACCAGCAAGCUGAAGGGCUGACCUGGCACAAGAAACACUUUACCUGCCUGGAGUGUGAGAUGCUGCUGACUGGCAAAUCCUUCAGCCUGGAUAAAGCCAAGCUUCUGUGUACAACCUGCAGUAAAACCAAACAUCCCUAAACACCCCAUAGCUUGAGAAUCCAAAGUCUGCUCUCAUAGAUCCAAGUUAGAAUUGGUGUAAAUUUGACAAAUAUGUGGAAAAGGGAUAGACAGGGAGGGGGAGAAUCACUUCAUGUUUCACUCAAACUAGAGUCUGCCGGUUCACUGCCAGGCAACUAGAACCCCACCCUCCUUAAAUUAAAGGAAAAUAACCCUUUGGGGAAACAAAAAGAAAAUUCACAUGCUAGGGGACAGGAAGGAGAUCUCUGGUCUCUUUCCUGGGAAAGAAUUGCACUAAAGCACUGGUAUAAGUAGUUUCUGGGAGAUCAAAUCCACUAGGUUAAACCUUGUGAUUAGCAUGUGACUAAUCUGAACCCAACAAAUCCAGAAACAUGCAGACUUUUGGUUCAAUUGUAAGAUCUUGCUGCAUCCUUUUUAUAAUGACACAUUUCAAAAGCCCUUUUGGGACAUGCUAAACCUAUGGUCAAUAACUAGUUUUAUGGUGUUAUUGUUCAAUGUAUUCAUAGAAAACUAGCAAUUUGUACUAAAUCAAUGGCUUCAAAGAAAUAGAUUAAUCCAAUAAUUAUGUUGUGAGCAGGAAAUUGUAUACAUUGUAGAAACAAGCAGGCUUUUCCUCGUUGGUGUAUAAUGCCCCACUUUUUCACUGUAAUUUGGUAUAUUAAUUGCCUGCAAGAAUUUGGUUGCAGGUAGGUUAUUGCAGUCCUCCUCUGAGCCAGGCAUGUCUAGGCUGAUGGCAGAUUGAAAUAAUGAGGGCAAUUGACUAAUCCCACUAUUUAAUUGGAAUUUUGGUAUGAUUAAAAUUUCCUGGAAAUUCUUAGACUUGUAGCCCCAAGGCUACAGGCUUUAACCUCAUACUCUCCUCUCAUCCCCUUUAUAGUUAGUGAAUUUCUGGGGAGAGGCAUUGUAUUAAUGUGAGUAGUAAUGGGAUGGCUUCAAAAGUGGAAUUUAUUUGGAUUUUUAUACCAUUGGUUUUUAGCCUGGAAGUCUCACAGAAACCAGCUUUCUCAUCAGAACAGUCUUGAUUCUUGCUGUGCCUGAUGUUUUAGGAUAACAUUUAAUGCUCCCACCCAAGAAACUGAAAAAGGAUUCUUAACAUCCAGACCUUCCCAAUCCUAUUAUCAACUCCCUACACCCAUCUGAUUCUGGUAAUAGACAAAAAAGCAUCCAAAUGGGAAUAAGCCUGGUUUUCUAUAUUUUUAUACCCAAAUUACUCACUAAAGAGAACUGGAAUAUACCGGUAACUUUGCAACAAUAUUUCCAUGCUAGAUAUGUACUAUGCUUGGAAUUGCUGGCUAAUCGUUCUUUGAACUAUAGAAAAUGUCUUUCUUUCAGACGGACUAGGUAUAAUUGCAUGCUGAGUGUAUGAACAAUUUCUGUAAUAUUACUAGAAAAUUAAAGUGUGGUAAAUUUGAACAUGCAACAAACGUAUUGAAAGCUGGAUGCACAAAUCAGGUUCCCAGUUCUUCACACCUUAUUAGAGGCACAACUGCACAUACAGUCACACAGCAUGGGUGUGCAUUAUACAUUGUUCCGAGUGAAACCUAAGUUUACUCAAACCCACCUUCACGCAUGCAAAGGAGAACAUCUGCCAAUCUAUAUGUCUAUUUCUGGGAAUAGGGGUGAGAACGGAUAAAUCCACAUAUGGAGGUCUGUAAAAACAUAGUGGGGACUCUUACGUUGCACAUAAUGAGGGCUCUGUUUUGAAUGCCACUGACUUAGAUGACAUGUUUAUAAGUGGUGUUCCUGGGCAUGCUUGGACAUUUAAAAGUAAAACCCUACCUCCGGGACUGAUGUAGUAGCAUCAAAAGUUCUGAAGUGAUGCUGAUGGUAAUAGGCAUGGGAACAGUGAAAAUGAAUCCUUUGUGGAGUAGCUACAGUAUGCAUAUUUCGGGGUUGCCUGUGGCCAUUUUGUCAAUCUGACUCAUCUCUGAUUCAGUUACUUCAGUGAACUCAGUAGGAUCUUAUAAAUCACCUUAAAAUGUGUUGACUCCAAGUUACAGUAGGAAUUGUUAAGCUCUCUUUUAAUAGCUUUGGAUACAAGUAGUCAAUGAUUGUCAAAAGUUAGCAAUGUGUGGAUGGAAAUAAAAACCAAUGGCUUUGUUUUACAGCACACUUCUAGAUGUCCUUUAUAGUAUCCUGAAUUAUUGCUGUCCAACGUAAAUAAAACAAUGUACUUCUGUACCUUUAAAAGAUUAAGAAGGGUAAAAAGUGCACACAGCAUGCAAUUGGUGGUGAAAAGAGCCUGAAUCAUAUAGAGAAUACUCUUUCAAUAAAGAAAUUAGCAGCAUUUAUUGACAGGUAUUCACUUUCCAUUUGUGCACAAAGCAUGCUAUGUUAUAGCCCAAUCACUUCAUAAGAGGUAAAUAUGAAAAAAGAACGUGAGUUGAAGAAACCUACAAAUCACAUAUAAUGAGUCAAUAAAACAUUGAGUUAUUUUUAAAUAUAACAAAAAUCACUCUCUUGCAGUGAAUAUAGUACAUCUUUGGUCUACCCCCUACAGAGUUAUUGAUUUCUUAUUUUGCUUAAAGUAAACUGGCUGCUUAGUCCUUGCUUUUGUGUCUGUCUCAAAGCAUAUAUACUGCAAUAGGAGUCUAAAGCCAAAGAUAUUCAGGAUAAGCUCAGAUUUCAUCUAAAAAGUCUCAGCUACUGCAGUUUGUAAAGAGAUAUGUAAGGUAAUCAUUUUUCUUUUUUAAAAAACAGGCUCAGGUCAGAGUGAACAUGAGGUGGAACAAAUUGUUCUUCUUUUGUUAGUUCAAAAGAAUUUGCAUGGUGGCAAUAUGUAUAAAUGUCAGAGCCAAUGAAUGCAGAACACUGUUGCCUUCAAAUCAGAGGACUUUAGAAUCUUAAUGAAACUAUGGGCAGAAACCAUCUUUUCAGAUAUGUUGCUGGCAGUAAUUCCAUUUUCUUUCGUGCACAGUUUGUCCUGCUUGGGGCCUGACUGACCUUGCUUACACUGGUUUUGUACCUGUGCAGCUUCACAGAUUUCUGGCAUGAUUUUUUCCAUUGUGCCACAGUCCCUUUGAACCAGCACUAAGAGGCAGUGAAGUUGGGGGAUCCAGCCACUUGACAGUCCUAUGUGGCAUAAAACCAGCCCAAUGAUUCUAGGUAACACCUCUGCCCACCCUCACCCCUCCACAGCUUCUGGCAUCUCCGGGUGUGACCUUGCAGCGGGCAGGGUUGGGAGUAGGGGGAGCAUAGCUACAGCACAACUUCACUCUGUCUGUCUGUCCCUGGAUGCCAGAAUGACAUUUGGAGCUAUAUGCAGCCAGGCCAUAAGUGUCCCUGGUGGGUGUGAAGGGCUGAAUCAGCCCCCAAACUAGGGGGACAUACCUAGGGGGCAUAAAGCAUGAUGGAGAAUUUGGCUCUGAAAUAGCUAUUCCUAAUUUAAACUGGUAUAGCAGACCAGAUUUGGGCAUGAAAUUAGCUAGUGAAAGAAGUUUUCUAUUUUCUGUAUUAAUAAUCUACCCAGCUUUUCUGUAAGAAUCUGGUCCUACAGAUCCUUGAUAUGUGAGUAGUCCAGCAUAAGUAGUCCUAAUGAAUGAGACCAUUCCCAUAAGGAAGGGUUGGCAGAAUCAGGUUCUUAAUUUCCAUUCUGAAACUUUGUUGUUAUGGGCCAAAAAUAUUUUGUAUAUAUGGGUGUAAGUCUGGUAUAAUUCAGUUAACUAUGGAUUUUCAUCUGUACGAUUAAAAGCAGAAUUUGGCAUAGUGUUUGAAUUACUGGAAUAAAAUGAUAGGUUUAACUCUUCCAGAACUUAAAACAAACUUAUUUGUUUUAAAAAAUAAUUGAAUAAACUCCUGUUUUGACCAUUCUCAA